GUCAACUCUUAGAAUUUUUUUAGAUACUCAUGGGACUGUCUACACAGGAAUCACCACAUAGUGAGAUGCACUUUGUGGGAAAUGCCCCCUACUGGUCGUGUUGAAUACUACACGCUCUGGCUGCUUUCUACAAGUUGGAUGAGCGCCUGCCAAUGAGCAAGACAACUUAAACAUGACAGCUGGAUGCUCAAGCUGCCAAUGAACAGGAUGACUGGAACACACCAAAGAUGGAUCCUUGACCAUGACAACUGGACGCUCAAACUGUCAAUGAACAGGAUGACGGGAACACACCAAAGAUGGAUCCUUGACCAUGACAACUGGACGCUCAAACUGUCAAUGAACAGGAUGACGGGAACACACCAAAGAUGGAUCCUUGACCAUGACAACUGGACGCUCAAACUGUCGAUGAACAAGAUGACUAGAACACACCAAAGAUGGAUCCUUGACCAUGACAACUGGACGCUCAAACUGUCAAUGAACAAGAUGACUAGAACACACCAAAGAUGGAUCCUUCACCACUACAACUGGACGCUCAAGCUGCCAAAUGAACAAGAUGGCAAGGGGCUCUAUGAAGAAGCAUUAAAAAAAAAAAAAGUACCACAACUGAAGAACUUGUGGGAGCCUGAGAACAUGCACCCGCUUAAACCAAGGCAUCUCGAGAUGGAAUCUGAAGAAGGCAAAGGAGUCAUGUUCACAGUUUAUUUCACCAAACCUUUCACAACAACAAUUCUGAGCUUUAAGCACACUUAAGAUGGCAUUAUUUGAUAGAAAAAGAUGGCUUUUUAGGCAGGCUUGCAAAGCAGCCCAUUUUAGUCAAACGGUUGUAAUUUCACUUGGCAUGUAGGUUUGUCAUUAAAAUACAUUACAUUUCA